GACGGGGAGAAACGGAGAUGAGUUUGUUGUGAAAGAAGAAAUGGAGGAAGCAAAAGGAUUGGUGAAACACGUACUCGUCGCAAAGUUCAAAGACGACAUCACUCCAGAAAGAAUUGAGGAGCUUAUCAAGGACUAUGCUAACCUAGUCAAUCUCAUCCCACCCAUGAAGUCAUUCCAUUGGGGCAAGGAUUUAAGUGCUGAAAACAUGCAUCAAGGUUUCACUCAUGUCUUUGAAUCAACCUUUGAGAGUACAGAAGGCGUUGCAGAGUAUGUAGCUCAUCCUGCCCAUGUUGAAUAUGCAAAUUUGUUCCUUCCCUGUUUGGAGAAAGUCAUUGUCAUUGACUAUAAGCCUACCGUUGUUAAAUUGUAAAAGUAAUGCCUCGUGGCCUGUCAGUGUUCUCAUAAAAAUAAGUUUUGUUUCCCCUCCAAACAAUUUCUGUAUACAGUAUGGUGCUCCCUCUUGUCUUAUGUUGAGUCAUGAGUGUUAUUCUCUGUUAUGUUGAUUUUGACAAUUUUAAAAAUGUCGAUAGUAAACGAGUGUGUUUGGAUAAAUAAUUUAUUUGA